AUGUAUUCAUACAUCUCUUCGGACACAUUUUCCAAGAAGUUUAUCCACUUUAUCAUGCGCAUAUGGAGACAGCCAAAGCUCGCCAGGCAAGUCCAUCGAUUGGACCUGUGCUGGACACAAUGUGAUCAGAAUGACCCAGUGGAAAUGGAUAACGAAAUGGGCAGCUUUAUUGAGGGCGCACUGGAUGAAAUCUUCCCCGAGGAAGAGCGCGAGCAACGAGAAUUGUGGAAAGAGCAUCUUUAUGGAGAGGGACUUUGUGCAGAAGCAUGGUUGGGUCUUCUGCUUGUCCGACUAAACAACCUCCAAAUCAUUGAGUUCGGGCACGAACAUUCCGACCUCAUCUCUGAUAUCUUGCUCAAAGCAGCGAAGCGUCAGCAACCAUUCCAUCGGGGUGUUCCGUUCCCUCACCUAGAAGAGGUUCGAGCCUGUGUUAACUGGGGGGCUUCAUGGAUCGACUCGGACUUUUUGACGCCGUUCUUUUAUUUCCCUGCCGUUAGACGUAUCUACGGAACUGCAAUAGGAGAAAAGAAAGAUGACGAUAGCCUGGACCUUAAUAUUCAUCAGUCUUCAUGCCCGGUCCGGGAUAUCACUGUAGAAGAGGGUUAUUGGUGCCGCGGUAUGCUUGACUGGCUGGCAUUGUGUACGGGUCUUGAGCAGAUUUCUAUCUGUGUCGAAAUACAGGCAGACGAGUAUGAGAUUGAUGAUGAGGAGGCUUUCAACGCUGCAGAUUUUCAUGCCGCCAUUCUUCCUUUUGUUACAACCCUCAAGGCUCUGCGUAUCUGCUAUGGAGAUGUCUACAGAGAUCGAUUGGGAGAGAUGGAAGCUGUGGAAACUCCUUUCGGGUCGUUCAAAGCCUUUACUGUUUUGGAACAGCUUACAGUCCGACACGACCACCUAAUGAGGCUGCCUUGUGAUCACAAUAACCAUUCGGAUGUGGAAUCACUUUCUGAAUCCUUGCCGCACUCACUCGUGAGUCUGGAAGUCAUAGACGUGAUGAUUGAUCAUCACCUCCCGCUACGAUCAGAACUUUCCAAACUGGUGCGUCAGAGACGUGAUUUUGUUCAUCUUCAACAAAUAACGCUCUGCAUUCAAAGCGAAGAUGAGGAGGGGUUGAAUGGUAUGUUUGACAGCCUAAAGCUGGAAUGCCAAGCUGCGGGAAUUACUUUGAAAAUUGCAUAA